AAAAAAAUCGAAUUUGAAUAAAAUGAGACAAAACUUUAAAGGUAUUGUUGUUUCAUCAGGACUAAUGAAGAAGACUGUUAAAGUCAAAGUAAUUCGAAAGAUUUUACAUCCAAAAGUUCAUAAGUUAAUUACUUUACACAAAAAUUAUUUAGCACAUGACGAAGGUUCUGUAUGCAAAAAUGGUGAUUUAGUAAGAAUAGAAGCAUGUCGGCCAUUAUCUGCUAGAAAACGAUUUUCUGUUGCGGAGAUUCUUCAAAAAGCUAAAAUUUCUCAAGAUACAAUAGAUCAAGCAAAUGAUUUAACACUUAACAAGUAGCC